AAGUGUCCUGAAUGCCACUGCACAUUCACGACAAACGUCGAACUCAGAAAACAUCUUAAAUGUCACAGCGACGUGAGACUAUUUACAUGCGCCACUUGCAGGUCAACGUACGAACUCCAAUCCAAGCUGAUGAAGCACCUGGAGAAGAACAGGUAUCACAACAAUAACGUAAAAGAACAAAUAAAGUGCAGUGAAUGUGAUUACGCAUGCACAUCAAACGCCAGACUUCAAAACCAUCUGAAGCGCCACAACAAAGUUAAGCAAUUUUCAUGCUGCACUGAAUGUAAUUACACAUGCACAUCAAACGCCAGACUUCAAUACCAUCUGAAGUGCCACAACAAAGUGAAACAAUUUUCUUGUGUCACAUGCAAGCUGGAAUACAAACUCCAGUCCGGAUUGGCGAGGCAU